UUAUUUUUGUUUAUUAAAUACACUGCUUGGGGUAUACAAGACGCAGCUUUGUACUGUGCGGUGUGGAGGUGAAGAUAGAAUUUCCACCCCUCAUAUCAGCUGUGGUUGGUUCCUGUCUGGGUGUGGCGGAUUUCGGGGCCGUAUGAUACGAGCUGCAGGGAGGCCGUUUCUUCUAACGGGAUCCGGGGAGACCAAGUCGGAGGGUAGAGGCGGAUAUCGAAACGGAGGCCGCGGAGCAGGAGCGGCUUUUCAGAUCCAUUGUCCGUUUUUGUGGCCAAGUUGUGAAUAGUUCCAGAUUUCAGAAUGAGUGAGCUGGAACAGUUACGACAAGAGGCAGAGCAACUUCGGAAUCAAAUCAGAGAUGCCCGGAAAGCAUGCAGCGAUACGACGCUUGUUCAGAUUACAACCAGCUUGGACUCCGUAGGUCGAAUCCAAAUGCGAACGAGGCGCACGCUGAGAGGCCACUUAGCCAAAAUCUAUGCCAUGCACUGGGGAUCGGAUUCCAGGCUAUUAGUCAGUGCUUCUCAAGAUGGCAAAUUAAUUAUUUGGGACAGUUACACAACAAACAAGAUGCAUGCCAUUCCUCUGCGGUCCUCUUGGGUGAUGACCUGUGCAUAUGCUCCAUCUGGAAAUUAUGUUGCUUGUGGAGGCUUGGACAACAUCUGCUCCAUUUACAACUUGAAAACCAGAGAAGGCAACGUGAGAGUGAGCCGGGAGCUACCAGGACACACAGGUUACUUGUCAUGCUGCCGCUUUCUAGACGACAACCAGAUUGUAACAAGCUCGGGAGACACAACUUGUGCCCUGUGGGACAUAGAAACUGGACAGCAGACCACAACCUUCACAGGGCACACUGGAGAUGUGAUGAGCUUGUCUCUGAGCCCUGACAUGAGAACUUUUGUGUCUGGUGCUUGUGAUGCUUCAUCUAAGCUCUGGGAUAUCCGUGAUGGCAUGUGCCGACAGUCUUUCACUGGACACGUGUCGGACAUCAACGCAGUGUGUUUCUUCCCCAACGGAUAUGCGUUUGCCACUGGCUCUGAUGAUGCAACCUGUCGGUUGUUUGACCUGCGUGCGGACCAGGAGCUGAUGAUGUACUCCCAUGACAACAUCAUAUGUGGUAUCACUUCAGUGGCUUUCUCCAAAAGCGGUCGCCUUUUGUUAGCUGGAUACGAUGACUUCAACUGCAAUGUAUGGGACACUCUGAAGGGUGAAAGAGCCGGCGUCCUUGCUGGCCACGACAACCGCGUGAGCUGUUUAGGUGUAACCGACGAUGGCAUGGCUGUAGCUACAGGGUCUUGGGACAGUUUUCUCAGAAUCUGGAAUUAACCCCCGAAACACGAGAAUGGUCUUGUAUAUUCUCCACUGAGAUCUGGAGAGAUCAAUGCUGCAGCCUAUAGCUGUGAAAUAACAUUUCUACCUUGUAUUUGCAGGUGAAGUUUUUUCUAUUCACUGAUAAUUAUUACACAAAAAAAGGCUUUCUUUAAACUAGUAAAAUCAAGUGAAGUCAUAAGGGUUUAAAGGGGGAAAAGAGCAUUGGUGACUAUUUAAAAAGGGGUUAGCACACAGGAUCAUGGUGACCGAAAAUCUAGGAGCCAGUCUUUGUUUUGUGGUUUGGUUAAGUUGUUUAACCCUUUUGCUGCUAGUAAAACAUAGUUUUGCAUCGUAGACCUUUUUACAGCAGCCACACGGUUAAAGGAUUUCUGCUUUGUGCUCAAAGUCUGCUGAGUCUGUACUUUACUAUGUAUUUUUUUGUUUUUAUUUUAUUUUUGUACAUAACUGAAUGUACGCACUAUAGCAGCCUAUCAUGUAAUGUUUAUAUGUUAAACAACAAAAAAAACAAAGAAAAAAAAAAAAAAGCAUUUUUUCUAUUUAAGGAAUAAGAAUUUGUAGCUUUGAACGCCACAGUAGUAUAAGUGAUGGAUAUACUUGAUUGCUGUUUUUCUUUUUUUUUUUU